GGCGGGCGGGCGGCGGCGGCGGGCUGGGCUCGCGUCUCCGCCGCCGACGGGGUCCAGUCAUGGCGCCCGGCGGGACGCGCGGCCCGACGCCCCGCUGGGGGCUGCUGCUCGGGGGCGCCUCGCUGCUCCUGCUGCUCCUUCUGGAGGCCGCCGCGCAGGACCCCGCGGGAGCCGGUUGCUCUCAGAGUACUAACAGAUCGUGUGAGGAGUGCCUGAAGAACGUCUCAUGUCUGUGGUGCAGUAGUACAAAGGCAUGCCUGGACUACCCUGUGAGGAAGAUCUUGCCGCCCGCUUCCCUUUGCAAGUUGAGUUCUGCACGAUGGGGCGUUUGCUGGGUGAACUUUGAGGCGCUGAUUAUCGCCAUGUCGGUGCUGGGAGGCUCCAUCCUUCUUAGCAUUGUUGUCUGUUGCUGGUGCUGCUGCCGCACGAAGAAAAGCCGGAAGCCAGAUAAGAACGAUGAACGGGCCAUGAGGGAGCAAGAGGAGAGGAGGGUCCGGCAGGAGGAGAGGAGAGCAGAGAUGAAGUUGAGACAUGAUGAAAUCAGAAAAAAAUACGGUCUGUUUAAAGAACAAAACCCAUAUGCGAAGUUUUAAAGCCACCGCCACACACUUCCUUGGGACCAGGCAGCCCCAAAGCUUCUGGGGAGAGCCUGCCCCCCAGCCCAGCCUGCAGGUGGACACCUCCAGCUGGGACAGUGGAGGCAGCCUUGAAGGACAAUCUUCUCCUUCUCUGCAAGCUGUGACCUUCCCUCCCCUUCCCUCCCCUUCCCUCCUCUCCCCUCCUCUCCCUGCUGUGGCUGUAGCUUCAGACGUGAAACGCACUGAGUUUCUCUAGAGGAAAUGUAUUUGUUCUCCACUCAGUGUGGCUCAGGCGCGUGGGCCGCACUCCUCACACCUUGCCUGGCUCACAGCCUCAGGACCCCGCCCCCCACCCCCGCGGAGCACGGAGGCCGUCUGUCUGUCCUUUGGUCUUGGGGAAGACUGAUGUGUGUGCCCGCCCAUUUCUUCUCUUUCUGGUGGUCUUUGUGAGAGCAUAGCGUCCCAGGACACAGUACUUCCUAGCCCAUCUGUAUCGGUAGCUUUGGAGAUAAUCAAAAUCAUUUUGCUCCCCUCGCAAAGUUUCACCCAGAAACUUAGAUGUGAAAUUUCAGGCCCUGUAAGGUGGUGAUGAGACACUUUCCCGGUGGACACCCAGUUCUCAGUGUGGCUUGAAGUCUCUCUGAGGGUGGAGUGGCCGGCCACCCCUGUGUCUGCCUUGCUUCCUGUCAGGUGCAUUCACGGGUGUGUGGUCCCGCGUCCUCCACAGGUCCUGGAACAGGACUCAGACUUCUCCUCCUCUGUCAGGCUGUGGAGGGGCUCAUCACGAGGGGCCUGGGGGUGGCAUGUCCCCUCUAGGGAGAGUGAAGGGCUUGUCGACGGCCAGGGGUGUUGGAGGCAGGUGCAUGGUUGUCCAGCCCAGGCAUUGUGCUCACGUUGUUCCCUGGCUACCCACCACUUCCGGCUGGGUUCCAGCCCCCCUCCCUGUCCCAUGCCGUUGGCCUCUGCAAGUUGAUCAGUGGGAUUCCAGGUCGCUCCCAGAGCCCUCCACGGCGCACGUGGUUUUACACUCAAGACCUGUGACUUGGGUAACUGUCGUGCGCUUGCUGACGGGGAGAGCGAGGGCCACCCGGAAGUUCCUGGACACUCCACAGACAUUCAGAAACAGCCUCACUUGCCAGAUUGAAUUAAGGAAACCUUUAGAAGGGCGGCGGGCACACUGUGGCGGCGUGCGGGGAGGCUGUCUGCUUCAUCCUGUGCUACCUGUGCCUUGGUGUCACCAACGUCUGUGACUUCUUACCUCGCCCGCGUGCCUGGGGGUGGCUGCCGGCCGCCAGGCCUCCCCGCACCCCCCCCCCCCCAUAGCUACCAGAGAUUCUUACAGACUGGGGAAAUAACCUUUAAUAUGUUACUUUCCUGACUUCUCGGGCAUUUGAUAACAAUUUAAAAUAUCAUACACAUUCCAGAAUAUUUUAUACUUUCAGAAUUUGACUUUUUACAGCUUGUUGAUAAACUUUGAGAUAGACCUUAGCAAACUUCUAUUGGCGCUGUCGUUGGUGUGAAGUCACACGAUGUGUCAUUUAGGUUGCUGAGUGGAAGGUAGAGGUGUUUAUCUCCCACCUUGUGGAAACGCAGCAGGCAGCUGCAGGCCCUCUGCCUUCCUCCAGACCAUCCCAGCAGUCACUGCGCCGGAAGGUGCCUUGCUUUUUAACCACUUUCCAAUAAAAACAUGUAAUACUG